AUGGCAGCCCCAGUGGCCCCGGAUACGGCCUUCCUCCAGCAGCUGGGCGUGACGAUCGAGAUUGCCACGCCUCUCUUGGUGGGCCGCCACAAGCAGCACAUGAAAGCGCUUGCAGCACCGGGCCGCGGCGGCUCGGACUGGAAGCAGGCUCUCGUCAAGACCACGGUGGCCCUCCUCCGCUCCGAGGCGAUCCGCACCGUGGACCCGGGCCGCAUCGAGAAGAUCAUGACGGCGUAUGUUGCGACAGCGUACUUCCAGGAGAAGGUGCCCUCCACCUCCAUGCGCGAGGUCGUGCGGGAUGCCCUUGAGGAGCACACGCGCGGGCACCGCGACCGGGACCGCCGCCGGGACCGCCGCCGCAAACGCAGCCCGACCCCCGGUUCCGCCGACGGCGGGAGCAGCAAGCGGCAGCGCCGAGAGCGGGGCGCGGACUCGCCUGACGCUACCCAGACUGUGACCAAGAUGAGCCCGGGAGACGCAGUGGGCGGAGCGGAACCGGACGAAGACAGGCUCGUAUGCUCGCCAACACCGCCGGCGGGCUCCCAAACGGGCCAGCCCGGCGGACACAAGGUGGGGGACGCGGUGGACGUGUGGAGUCACACCAGGCGCGAGUGGGUCGCGGGCCGUGUGACCACCCACUACGCGAACGACCAGUUCGACGGCAACUUCCACUGCCGGGCGGGGAGCCUACGGGUCAGGACGCCGCACGGCCACAAGUACAUUACCCCCGAGUUCAUCCAGACCCACUUGCGCGCGCCCGCAGACGGGCCUGAAGACCUGCCGGGCCAGGCGGCGGGGCCGGCCUCGGCGGCGCGUGUGCGCGAGGAGCCGGGGGCUGGCUCCUCCGCUGGCGGAGAUACGCACGGGGUUGCCAGCGCGGCCGCAGCGGUGCCCCCCCAGCGCCCGGGGUACCUCCAGGGGCGCCGGCUCGCAGAGGCUGGGCCCACUGCCCUCGAGCUCAAGCUGAGCCAAUUGGUGGAAAUGCUUGAGGAGUUGGGCGACGCCGAAGGGGCCGCAAAGCACCGGGAGCGCCUCGUUGCAGCCCAGCAGCAGAGGCGCGCUGACCAAGCGGCGGAAACAGCCCCGCCGAGCGCCGCGGCAGCCGCCCCAGCCGGCGGGACCCCCACCCUGGACUCAGACGCAGAGGAGGCGGCUCAGGGGAGCUCGCCGGACGACCCCCUCGGUAUCGGGGCACUCCUCGCGGAGGCCGCCGGGGCGGCCGCGGACGGGCCCCCGCUGAUGGCUGAGACGGCCAGCACUGCGCCUGGCCCCGAUCCUGGCAGGCCGCCUGCGGAGCGCGCCCCGCUGCCCAUGCCCCUGCCCCGCGUGGACGUGGCGGCGCGGCCGGCGCAGAAUGGCCGCUUGUCUGAUGAGAGUCACUGGGCCCGGCUCAGAGCGGAGCGUCCAGCUCGACCCCGGCUGGCGUACCUGCAGGACACGCUCCUCCCGGGGUGGCGCCCGGCGGCCGGGCCGGAGGCCAUGGAGCUGGAGUUUGCGGUGCACUCCGCGGACGCAACCUGGGAGGACCAGCUGUGGCAGUGGUUCGAGGCGCUUGCGCAGGCGGGGGUCUUCGUCGACACCUACGUGAUGGACCCAGCCAAGCGGGGCGAGGUGACCGGCAACGCGCACCUCACCCCAAAAUGCACGGCCACGACGCCCUGUGUCAAGGUACGGGGCAUCGGGUUGACGAUCAACUGGUUCCGCACAACGGACGGGCGUGUCCGCCUAGAUGGGGCGUGGACGCAGCAGCCCACCCUGCUUGAGAUGCUGCGUAGGUCCCACAAAGCCUACCAGCCAGGGAACUCGGAGCAGGGCCGCCUGACAGGCCGGCAGAUGGACCCGGUCCGGGCCGCGCAGCGCACCCAGCGCACUGAGCUCGAGCAACGCGCCCAGUGGGAACGGCACCACCAGGAUACGAUCACAGUGCUGGCGGCCGCGGAGAUCUUCGACGGCAUGGGCCUGACGGGGGUGUGGGACGUCCUCGACAGGGAGUUCGGCGUGAAGAACGUCCCCCCAAGCACCAACCUCCCGUGGACCCUCGCCCUCUACCAGGGCACCCUGGUCCAGAUCUGGGCUGACGGGGCGGCGCGCGUCCGCCUGGGAACGGGGCCUCCCAGUGCGGCGGACGCAGUGGCCCAGGUGCUUGCCAACCAGUUCAGCGGUGAGGUACGGAGGGCGAGCGAUUUCAGUGUGACGGCGGCAGCCAACCCAAUCAGGGUGCGCUACGGAGUGCUAUCGGAGAGAGCGAAGCAGCGGGGCGGCCAGGUCAUCGCGGCGCUGACCUCCAACUGCCCCCCAGGAAGCACCCCCGCGGAUGCCCGCCGGGUGGACGCCGACCUCCGCAGCGCGGAGGAGCAGCUGCUCAACGAGCGGACCGCCCAGCUGGAGCAAGCCCUGGCCACCUGGCGGCCAGCGGUGGCGGGGCCGUGGCGAGAUUGUCUGGCUGACCUUGUGCGGCGAGCCCCCGGAUGGGAGGACCCGCAGGCGGGUGGCCUGGCGGGCCGCCGGCACCUCCCGGCCACGGCGGCCUUGGCGCGGCGGCUCAGCAGGUCGUGCGCGGAGUUGCAGCGCCGCCUUCCGCCGUCGCCAGCCGCGAUGCCGCACCCCCCCGGCACGGCCACCACGGCGGGCAUGCUGAACUUUGGACUCAGCGGCGGAGCCGAGAUCGGGGGGGCGACCAUCCUCCCCCGGCGCUGGGAGGACAUCGGCGCGGUCAUGACGGCCUUGAACGCCGCCUGGUUCUUUGGCGUCUCGUGCAGAUGCCCAGAAGGCACCAACCUUGCGGUCGCCCUCCCGGGCUUCCCCUACACGCUGCACGGUCCGCGCACGGCCCGGUUCGGAGCAGUGACCGUCCUCGUGCACCGGGGGAAGCCAGAUGCUGCGGCUCACCUCCCAGAUUGGUCCAGCGGGCCGGGCACCUGCUGGGUACAGACGGGGGCUGGGGAGUACUGGUGCGGCUUCAGCAUCCCGCCACGCGAGAGGGGAGCCAACGAGCGCGCUCGGGCGGACGCGGUUCGCUCACUCUUCUCUGAGUACGACCGCGCGAGAGCUGCGGGACGCCGCCGCCGCCCGGGCGCACAGGUGUACAUGGCGGGGGACCUCAACCCCGGAGACGACAUUGAUGCACAGGUCCGCGCGGCGGUCGAGCAGCGGGGGCUCCGCCACAUGAUCCCCGAGGGCGUAGCCACCCACGUCCGGGGAAGAAGACUGGAUGUGGUACUUGCCCCAGCGGCUGGUGGCUGCGCGAUGGUCCAGGUCCACAACGGCAAGCGCUGCAGGGACAAUGGGUGCAAGGAGGCCCUAUGCCGGGCGCGGAGCGAAGCCCUGGGUUCCCGCGAUCUGGACCACCAUCCAGUCACGUGGGCUGCGGCCUCGGUGGAGGCAGAAGCGGGGCCCGAUGGGGGAGCCCUACGUUGCGACAAAGACCCGGAGAAGUGGAACCACGAGAUGACCGCUUGGGCGGAUGGAGCCAUGGCCACCUUGGCAGGUGAAUUGGCCGCCCGAUGCCACCAGCCGUCCUGGGCCCGAGCCACCUCGCAGGAAGCCAAAGCAGCGCUGGACAUGGCGGCGUGGGCAUGGCGGACGACGGCCACCCUGGCCGCAGCCGCGGGGGACCUCGCCUGGGCGCCACCGCCCGCAGCGCACCGCCGGCAUGACGCUGACGCGGCUGAGGCCGCGGCAUUCCGGGAGGUGACCCAGGCAGCCGCCCGGCACCAGCGAGCAGCCACGGCGACAUCCCUUGCUGCGCUUGAGGCCGCCAGGCAGCGCCUCCGGGAGGUCCGAGGCGCGAGCGCCCGGGCCCAGCGGGACGCCGCCCGCCACCGGGCGCUGGCCCUCCUCCAGACGAACCCGCUGGCGGCGACAACAGUCCUCAAGGAGCACUCGGCUGGGCCGCCGGAGGGCCUGCCGGCCAUCAUGCGGGAUCCGGAGGAAGAGGACCGCAUGCUCGUCGGCACGGAGCAGGUGCUGGAUGGCGCGCGCCGGUACAUCCCGAGGCGAGACGACCCGCCGUGGGGCGGCGAAUGGGACGCGGAGCACGCGGCGGCGAUGCGGGCCCGCCUGGAGCGGCAGCGCUCGGAGGCCAGGCGCGCCCUCUCCCAGUGGGACCCGGAGGAGGCGUACACCCUUGCAGAGGCAGGCCAGGCCUUGCGGAGGAUCCGCCUGCGCGCCCAAUGCAGGGGCCUCCCCUAUGCCAUCCUCCACAGUACCCAUGUGGGUGUACUCGAAUCCCUGCUGCACCUUGCCACCCUCAGCCUCCGGCUUGGCCGCCCCCCUGGCCUGUGGCUCGUCCAGGAUAAUUGCCACUCGCACAAGGAUGGCAAGCCGCGUGUGGACUACGGCGGCUACAGAGUCUUCGCGCUGUGCUCGGCGGAGGGGCGCUUCGCGGAAGAGCU